CUCCAAGUUUAGAAACGAGCGCGAGAAUGGACAGAAUGUUUUCUGUGGAAGAAGAUAUAGCCGACGAGUUCUGGCCGCAGCCCCCGCCGCCAUCGGAUACGCAGCCCCACGCGUCGGAGCUCGGAACCGGGUCCCCUCAUUCCUCCUCCUACGGGACGAUGAACAGCUGGUCCUCUGAGUGGAAUGUCCAGGGCUUUCUCCAGGAUGGCUCCAUCAUUGAUCAGAACAUUCCUCAGGCGCUUCCGAAUGACAAUCUGACGACUUCUGGUGCAGCAGCUGCGGCGAAGGCAAAUAACAUCAGGCCUCAAAUAUCAGCUGCCAUGCCGCCUUGCAAGGGUUCAUUGGUCUCUAAUUCAUUUGAACAAGGAUCACAGGUACCAUCUAAAGGAUCUGUACAUAAUUUGCCAAUGGUGCAAGAGGAGGCUAGAUUACCACCUGGUAUACCAUCCUUGCCUGCAAUGCAGAAGAAAUCUGCUACACAGGCUUGCUCAACAAUUAGUGGGUCAGAGCAGUCAGAUGAUGAUGAAGCAGAGGGAGAAGGCGAAGCUGAAACAACUCAGCACGGGGACCUAGCAGAUGUGAAACGUGUAAGGAGAAUGAGAUCUAACAGAGAAUCAGCUAGACGUGCCAGGAGUAGAAAGCAGGCCCAUCUGACAGAACUGGAUACACGGGUUUCUCAGUUGAAAAUUAAAAAAACAUCUUUGGAGGAUCGUUUGACAGAUGUGAGAUGUAAAUACAAUGAGGGUUUGAUUGACAACAGAGUCUUGAAAGCAGAUGUUGAGACACUAAGAUCAAAGGUUAAGAUGGCAGAGCAAAGAGUUAGAAGACUAACAGGUUUGGAUCCUCUAUAUCAAGCAACAUCUGACAUGUCCAGAGUCAGCAUGCAAUCCUUUGUUGGCAGUCGUGCUGCACCAUCAAUUGAUGCUUGUGCCGCUCUACUGAUGGGUAAUGAUUCCAGCCAUAUCUUUUAUCAGAGCCCAUCAAAUGCUCUCACCCAGCCCCUUGAUCAUCCAAGUCCAGAACAGCUUGGUAGGAAUUCUGAAAAUAGAUAACUCAGAGUCAUGACAACACCCCGGCAACUGCAGCAUCAAUGCAGCAGGUGGCUAGCUUGGAUCACGUGCAGAAUCAAUGUCCUGGAUAAGUAGGGGUGUUUGUGGAAAUCGGCAUGCACAGUGAAUGAUGUUGAAUUCAUUUUUAAAAAGUUCAAUUAAUUAGGUGUUAGAAAAGAUACAUAUUUUAGGUGUUGUACCGUCUGUAUGCUUGAGAGAGAAUUCCCUAAAUAGGAGUAAAAAUGUUUUGAAAUUCCAAAACAGGAGUAUCAUGUUUUUUAUUCUUUAAAUAGAAGUUAAAUUUCUGCCAAGUUUGACAUUACAAGGCUUUAAACAUGACAUUUUUUUUCAAACUUGGCAGAUUACUCCUAUUCAAGAAAUAAAAAAUAUGAUACUCUUAUUUUGGAUUUUCAAAACGUUUUUACUCCUAUCUAGGACAAUUUCUGCUGAGAGGAUUCCCAACCUAGGAGCAAAACAUAGAAAUAUGCCAAAAUAGGAGUCCUAUGCCUUAGCUAAUUUUUACAUGGAAAUUAAUAGUAACUAACCAUAAUGCCCUUAAUGAAACAAAGCUGGAGAUUUCCAUUUUCAAAAACACACUGUUCUACAAACGUGAUGCUUUAAAAAUGCUUCAAAAACACACUUUUCAACACACUUUUCAACCCGUCUAAGGGUUGGUUUGCAAAUGCUUUAAAAAAGCACUUCUCAGCUUUUAGCUUAAAAAACACUUAUUUUACCAAACACUAUCAACUUUUAUUUUUCUCAGCUUUCGUGUCAAAAGUGCUUUUACCUUUUCUAUUACACAAAAAACACUUAUUUUACCAAAUACUACCAACUUUUAUUUUUCAAAAUCAAUUUUCUCAAACACUGUCAACUUUUCUUUAAUCACUUCUCCCCAUUUCAUUAAAAAAGCAUUUGUUAAAAGCAGAAGCUGUUGCAAACAGACCCAAGCAGCCAGCAGAAAAUUUUAAAACAUAAAAACGACAAAUAUUCUUUCAUUUGCGGACAAUUUCAACUCUUUCAAAGCGCGAACAUGGAGAACAUAAACAAAAUUGCAUAACACUUAGGGAGAAUUGAAUUUGUCUUUUUAUAUCUAAAACCAUAUACCUUGAGUAGACCUGGACUCGGGCCGGUUCGGGCCCGGUUCGGGCCUGGGCCCGGCCGGGCCUCGGGCCAGGAAAUGGGAGGCCCGGGCCCGAACCGCCGGUGGCCGGUUCCGGUCCCGGUUCCGGGCCAAACCGGGCCGAACCGGCCCACUUAAUUUUUUUUUGUUCUCCUAUUUAAUCCCCUACCCCUCCCCCUCAACCCCAAACCACCUCAAAUGGCCCAAAAUACCUAUUCCAACCCAAAACUUUAAAAAAAUUUCAAAAAAAAAAAAAAUUAAAAUCCGGCCCGGACCGGGCCCGAAUCGGCCGGGCCGGUUCACCAUUUGGAAGGCCCGGGCCCGGAAUCGGGAACCACCGGGCCGGUUCGACCCGAACCGCCGGUGGACCGGGCCACCGGGCCGGGCCGGUUGCUACAAUGGCCGGGCCGGGCCGGUUCCGGGUCGGGCCGCCCGGCCCGAGUCCAGGCCUAACCUUGAGGAACAACAGAAGAAAGAAGGAUGAAUUUUGUGAGAACUAGAAAUCAUGUCAAGCAAAUGUAAACUGAUUUUGUGAUGCCAAUCAAGUAUAAUUUUAUCUAUUUUUAACUUGCUGAAACGGGAACUCGCUAAAAAUGCCUAUUUUAGUUAUUUUUGUACUAAUAUAUACUCCGUAUUUUAAAUUUUAUUAUAAUCGUGAAAAUUCCUAUUUUAGCUAUUUGUACUAAUAUAUAUUUUUAAUUUUAUUAUAAUCAUAUUUUGUUUUUUCAAUUAAAUAAAUUCAAUUAACUUAGUUAUUUUAAAUAAGAUUUCAUCAAUUUUAACAUAUUUAGAGCCUGUUUCGUGACAUAUUUUUC